AGAACAAUGGCUUCAGGUGGUAAACAGCAAUUCCAACCUCAAAAACAAGAGACUCAGCCUGGGAAAGAGCAUGCCAUGGACCCCACCCCUCAGUUCACAAACCCAGAUUACAAACCCUCCAAUAAGCUCCAAGGGAAAGUAGCGCUAGUGACAGGUGGUGACUCUGGGAUAGGGCGAGCUGUGUGCCAUCUCUUUGCUCAAGAGGGUGCAACUGUGGCCUUCACAUAUGUGAAGGAGCAGGAGGACAAGGACGCACGUGACACAAUGCAAAUGAUCAAGGAGGCCAAGACUUCUGAUGCCAAAGACCCCAUGGCACUAGCCGCUGAUCUGGGUUAUGAUGAAAACUGCAAGAAGGUCGUUGAUGAGGUGGCCAAAGCCUAUGGACGCAUUGAUAUUCUGGUUAACAAUGCUGCCGAGCAGUACAAGGCAAGCUCAGUUGAAGAUAUUGAUGAACCCCGUUUGGAGAGGGUGUUCAGGACCAACAUAUUUUCUUAUUUCUUCAUGACCAGGCAUGUUUUGAAGCACAUGAAAGAAGGUGGCUCCAUAAUCUGCACAACAUCAGUGGUGGCCUACAAAGGAAAUGAUAAGCUGCUUGAUUAUACUGCAACAAAGGGUGCCAUUGUGUCCUUCAUUAGAGGACUUGCACUUCAUCUAGUAGGCAAAGGCAUACGUGUCAACGGUGUGGCGCCUGGACCGAUCUGGACCCCGUUGAUCCCUUCAUGUUUCGAUGAGGAAGAGACUGCACAGUUUGGCUCUGAAGUGCCAAUGCAGCGCGCUGGGCAGCCGUUUGAGGUUGGCCCGUCCUACGUCUUCCUUGCUUCCAAUGCUUUCUCUUCCUACUAUACUGGCCAAGUUUUCCAUCCUAAUGGUGGGGUUAUUGUGAAUGCUUGAUGGGGUUUGACAGAAGGAAUCUUUUAGGUGGUGGCUUUUUGUGUUUUGGGUCAUAAUAAAGUAGCUAGUACUACGUUCUUGUAAGGGUAAGAGUUGUGUAUGCAGAGAACGGUGAUGAAAUGGG